AUGAAAUCAGACUACAUGACGAGCUAUCCAAGUGUUGCAGUGUUAUGCCAGGUGAAAUUAGAAGAACAAAAGUGCUUAAACGAGUUUGAACCCUUCCGUCACUUCCCAUCUGUCUGGAAUCCAGGUUUCGGAAUAGUGCCUUUUUCUGGCUUCCACCCUCCGACUUCAACUUGGCGCAUUGAACUGGGGUAUGAAUUAUCAAUGUCGUCUUCUCCCACGACUCUUUGGGUUGUCGGCGAAUUCCGGCAAAUCUGUUAUUACCUCUCAUUGAAUGACAUGAAAGAAACUGUAAGAAGUCAGAUCUCUAUGUUAGUGAAUCGGAAAGAUAAUGAGAGCGAGUUGAAUUACGGGUUCAAUGAUAUCCAAUAUCGGAAUUCAACAUCGUAA